AUGAGCGAGCCACCGCCAGCCCAUACACCCUCCUUUCGCGGCCGAGGCCGUGGCCGUGGCCGCUCACAAGCCGUUCGCGCACACGUGGCUCGUCUUGCCCAGGCAAGAAAGGCUGCCAACGGCCGUCGUGGUCGUCAAAAACUCUAUGAUCACCCCAAGCCGCAGGCCGCCUCCGAGCGCCUCAAGGAGCUCAAGGCCGCAUUUUCCGCCGUUGCCAAUGCCAUGCGCCCGGCCCUUGAGGACCUUGCCGACCGCAGCCUCGACCAGCUGAAAAGCCGUCCGGACGCCUAUCGCGCCUUCGACCAGUUCCAGGAGGUCAAGGAUUUCCUCGACCGCCGCAUUCACGACGUCCAGACCAUGCACAGAAACAAGCUGCUGCUGGACACGCGCCUCAAUGACUACAUCUUUGCCGAAUCGCGUACCAUUACUGAAGAAGCUUUUAUUCGGGACGUCGAAGACACCAAAGAUCGCUUCUACGAUGCCCAGCUUCAACGCCUCGAGAUUCUGGACAAGCUCCACGACAACGAGCUUCCAAUAGAUAUCAUCGACGACUCGUGGAACUUCCAUGAAAUCAGCGAUGAGCGCUUCCGUGAUGUCAAGGCCCAUGUGGAGUACCGCACCACGCCGUAUGGCGCCAAGGUCGAAGUGCCCUGCGCCAAGAUGGUGACUGGCCGGCGACUCGCUGGCACCCCGACCACGUCCGGCCCUGGUGCCGGCGCUGGCGACGAUAAUAGUCUCAAGCCCUCGCCCAAGCGCAAGGCUGACGACGAAGCGGAUAUAUUGCCGCCACCAAAGCGGCUGGGUGCCGCGCCACGCCACAUUGGUGGCCUGCUCUCUGCGGUCGUCGCGCCCACCGAUGAGGACGAGGAUGACGACGCCGAAGCCGAUACGCGUGCUGGCUCCAAGAUGCCGUCGCCGAGCCCGGCUCUCGCCGAAGAGGACGACGAGAUGCUGGACGAAGACGAAAACGGCACUCCCCUGGACGACGACGAUGAGUCAAAUACGCACUUGCGCCCGUCCGAGCGGUUACCGCCGCUUCCCAACGGUGCUUCGGAGCCCGAUGCCUUUGGCGUACGGCUCAUUAACAAGCGCCGAACCGCCAACUUUGACGUCUACAACCGCAUCCUGGUGCCCUCCUUAUUUGACUUUGAGCCCCACGAGAUCGGCUUCCGAGACUCUACCAACGACAAAUCACGCGGUGCCACCAAGAUCAAGCGCGGCCGCUUCCUUGACACACCCAACUCCAACACGAUGCACUUUGAUCGUUCACUCUGGCAGUAUGACGCCACUACGUACGAUGAAGGCGAGCUGGACGAAGAGCUGAUCAAGAAGCACAACCUGCACCAGAAGUACGGUCUGGUCUUGCGCACAUCCGUCAACGACGAAGAGCCGCCCAAGGCGCGCGUGUCCGGCAUGAACCCUGUCGUCUUUUACACGCCCCGCGGCCGAACGCUGAACAGCUCGCGCUCAAUAAGAAUUGCGCGACUGGAAGACGGCGCCGAGAUUGCGUCUAAGAGGCCUGCCAUGGCGGCUGCCGUCGACCAGUUUGCCGAGAAGGAAGGUGUCACGCCCGCCGCCAUCCACCCGGCCGACGAAGUUCUCGAGACCUUCCGCCAGGAGAAGCUCAAGUUGUGGCUAGGCCCUCGCCGUGUUACACGUGAUGAGACCGAAGAGCUGGAAGAGCGUAUCGAAGAAAUGGUUGAAGGUGACUACGCCAUGGAGGAGGACGAAGACCGCAAGGUGAUUGUCGUGCCCCCGCGGACGCCGGAUCGGACAGGCCAGUUUGCUGCCGAGGACAUUGCAGCUGGUACCACUGUCGCCUCCGUGGAAGACGAGGAGCAGUCUGCCGCCAAUGCCAUGGCGGCCAAGGCCAUGUUCGGCACUCUCCUCGAUGCUGCCGCUGCUAUGGACACAGAUGCUGCCGAGGACACUGCGCGGCCUCGUUCCAGCGACGACGUCGUCUCCCACGUCUCCCAAGCCUCGCCCCUUGCGGCCCGGCGCGCUACCUCGCGGCCCUUUGACCCCGUCCGUGAUGUGUUUAUGGAUACGCCUGCGACGGCGCCAGCCGACGACUCUGCUUCCGAUCGCCGUCAGGGCAGCACCGACUACAUCCUGCCGCCUUCCAGCGCACGGUCCAGCCAAGCUUUUGUCGACACUUCCAACUUGCUCUACAUGGCAACCGUGGCUCUGGACCAAGAGUUCGCAUCACCUUACCAUCAGCAGCAGCAGCCACCACCACCCGCGUCGUCGUCAUCCAUGCGGUACCCGCCAGCACGGGGCUCCGCGCCAUACGACUAUCCUCCUACGGAUUCAGGCCCAAACAACGGAUAUCGGAGAAUGUCCAUGGACCCUCCACAACCCUAUCACUCCCACCAUCAGCCACCACGCCCGCCUCCCCAACACGCUACACCUCCUCAACAACCGCAGAAUCUCCUUGAUCCUCGCCUCUUUGGUGAAGCACCCCAGCCCCAGCAGCAGCUGCCGCCUCCUAUCUCGAACCGGGAUGCCAACAAUGGCUACUCAAGUGGACCUUACUACCAACCCCCGCCUCCGCCGCCGGCUGGAUAUAUACAUUCUAGUCACCACCAUGGCGGCUCCUCCUAUCCUCCCCCUGGGCCAUCGACGGAUCCCUACGGUCCGCCACCGCCGCCGAGUGCUGCUUAUGGGCAGCCUCCCUCACGCGGCAAUACCCAAUACUACAUGUCACCUCCCCCACCCCAGCACCAGCAGCUGCCACUGCAGCAGCAGUCUUCGCAAUCGCAGUCGCUGCCCAUGAUGCGGCCCUAUGACACUCGCUACGGGCCCCCUCGCGGGGAAAGUGAAGGCCCUUUGCCGCCGCCUUCGGCAAGCAGCUAUGGUUCGCAGGGCCUCCCCCCUCUGAUGGCGCAACAGCCCCCUGCUCCUUCUCACGCCAACUCCCCUUCGCCGCAAAUGUACGCAGGACAACUCUCUUCCACGUCGUACUCACGAGGUGGUAGUCGCGAGUACCAGCCCCACCACCAACACGAAUUUGGUAGCAGUAUGGAGAAUGGCCCCAGCAAUGGGGACUAUCCACCGGGACCCGAGUCAAACGGCAACAACGGCAACAAUAAGUACCGCAAGUUGGAGCCGGCACCCAUGAUCGUGUCCAAAAGCAACGAGUGGUCUACCGGCGGCGACCGUGAUCGUGACGGCAACCGGGACAGCGUCUCGAGCAACGGCCAUACCAGCGACGGGCGGCCACUGGCGAGAGGCUCUGAGGAGCCUACAAACGCUUAUGCAACGUCGUCUGUCGGCAAAGAGUUCCGCACGGUGCCAUAUGACUACGAGAAGAUCAAGGACUACGCCGCCAUUGAACCGCCACCAAGUCAGGGCCCCAAAUCCAUCCGUGGGUGGGCGCACAACAGCUUGAAACGCGGCGGUAGUGGCACAACCACGACUGUGUCCAAGGCCAUGUCUAGCACAGUGUCGGCCAUGCCACCGAUUAAGGCGGAAGGGGCACCAACGCCGGUGGAGUGGGACGCUGACGAAAAGCAUCAACAGCAGCAAUAG